UGCAAGUGCUUCGCGCAUGCGCAAACCGAAGAGGCCGCUCAACUUCUGUUCACGGCGCGCUGGAAACGCCAUAACUGGAACCGGGGGAUUCGGUUUAGGGCUCACUGAGUGCCUGUAGAAGGGUGAAUCAGAAUGGGAGACAAGCCGAUUUGGGAACAAAUAGGAUCCAGCUUUGUGCAACAUUACUAUCAGCUGUUUGACACAGACAGGACUCAACUUGGAUCAAUAUAUAUUGAUGCGUCAUGCCUUACAUGGGAGGGUCAGCAAUUCCAGGGAAAAGCAGCCAUUGUCGAAAAGCUUUCCAGCCUGCCCUUCACAAAAAUAGCUCACAGCAUAACAGCACAGGACCACCAGCCCACCCCUGAUAGCUGCAUAAUGAGUAUGGUAGUAGGCCAACUAAAAGCAGAUGAUGACCCCAUCAUGGGAUUCCAUCAGAGCUUCAUCCUGAAGAACAUUAACGAGGCGUGGGUUUGCACCAAUGACAUGUUCCGCCUGUCGCUGCACAAUUUUGGUUAAAUGCCCCAUGGCUAGCAGGAGGGAAGUGGGGGAAGGUGGAGGAUGGGGCCCGCCCUGAUGACGCCUGAACCUGUCAAUCAGCCCUUCAUUCAUCACACUAAAGAGAAACGGCACCGGAUUACAGCAGUCAAUCACAGAAAACAUGCAGUACUGCCUCUACUCCAGAAAUGACAUGUUUCUUUGCUGAAAGCCCACACAUCCAUCAAACUGACCCUUUUCCUUCCCCAACCUGCAUGAUGAUGGGGAGCUUAAAGAUCAGAGGACGCCCUGACCAGGACAAAUACGUAUUAACCUAACCUCGGCUGUUUGAUAUUUACAUUUUAGUUGCUGAUUUUUGACUUUGAAAUAACAACUGUCUGUCUUUGUUUGCUUAAGUACAAAGUGUUAUCAGCUUGUUUUUAGAAUAUGCUCCGUGAAUUUAAAUUUUUUUUUGUUGUUGUUGUUUUUGCCCCCCUUGGAAAUUGGUGUCUCCAUUCAGUGUGAUGUCAGGUUGCUCUAGCUAUCCAAAGAACACAACCCUAAUUUCCCCUUCCCCUCAGACCAGUGUGCUUCCCGAUUUCUGCUCACUGCUCUCUGUGACAAUAAUUACCAAGCCACGAUACACAAUAAAACCUUUGACUUUUUCUUAACAACGUCAUCUUGUUCAUCCCCCCUGUCUGGUUGUGCCUCUACCUUCUUUCCCCUUUUCUAAGCUUGACUGUUCAUAUUUUUGAUACUGUUUCAUAUUAGAUUCUCUCAUGAAGGUUUUUGUUUUAUUUGAGAAAAGCCAAACACAACAGAGCCGGUAUUUCUCUUGUUAUAGGUGGCCAGUGUCUCCUGAAGCAGAUGUUCAUACUAAAAAUUAUUUUCUAUGUAACCCUAACCCUAUGAAUGGUAGAAUCAUCAAUGGAUGCUCUUGUUGAAAAAAGGAGCGUCCUCUAAUGAUGCUACAUCACAUGGCAAGUUUAGGUAUGGAUAAGAAUGAGUUUGAGACAAACAGAAAACCCCCAGAAAUGCAGAUUCAUUUUCAUUUAGUCUUUCAAUUUUAGUUUAGAGGCUUCUUUUCCCCAGAAUGGGACGUUAUGCUUCAUAUGCUUUUUAUGUUUUGUUAGUUUGAGUGUAAAUGCCAUCGAGUUUGUAGUGCCCAAAGCUGUUAUUACCUUCAAUGUUUAGGGUUAAAUUUUGACAUUACCGUCUUAAGAAGGAUCACGAAGCAUGAAACAUGACAUCAAAAAUACUAGUCUGUGGGAAUAAGAGGUGAUUCUCUUCAUUUUCACAUGUUUACACUAAAGGAGUUAUGCUCAUUGUUUAGGGUUAGAAAAUCAUAUUCAUAAAAUAUGAUGGCCUUUGUGCCAAGAGAUGGUACAGAUAUUUUAGAGAGAUGUCUUCUGAGUUGUAGCUUUUUGCACUGAAAUAUCUAAACGGAUAGAACAUCAUUAUAACGAGUCGCCUUCUCGCAUAUUUUUGCUGGGCAAAUACAUGUAUUGUUCACGUACGUCAUGCUUGCUCGAACCUGCAGAAACACCCUCUCAUUUGUGGUUUGAGGGGAAUAGCAAAAAAAAAAAAAAGAAUAGAUUUUUUCCAACUAAAACAACAGUAAUGCAAUGUGAAUA